AGGAACCAACAACGGGGGCAAGGAGUCUUUUCCUACAAAGAACGCUCGAUAAACGGGCUGACACCAAGUACGAGAAAUAGGAAAAAUGGAGUACGCAGACCACGAGUACACCAGCAGCACUUGCGAUAUGCAUACGCCCGUGGAUUUCACAUAUAAAAUGAGCAAAAAAGAAAUCGAAGACUUUGUAAAGCUGAGGGUUUCAAAUACCUACCUCUUCUCUGGAAAGAGAAAUACUUCUAUGUGGGCAUGGAGGACCAUUUUGAAACAUAUGGGCUUACACUGUAAGAUGACCCAUCAUCAAGCGUCUAAAAAAUGGGAAAACCUGAAGAAGAGAUACAAGGAGCUAAAGCAUCCCCCAGAAGGGGUGGAAGUGUUUCCUGAUGUAUGGCCUUAUUUCUCCUUGAUGGACAAUGCAAUGGCGGGUCGGCUGGAGGGCAGCGCCCCCAUUCUCAAGGCCUUCCCCCACAACAAAGACAAUGGGGAGUUCUUGAUCAAACCCAAAAAGAAGAAGUUAGCCGCAAUGGUGAAGUCUUCUAUUGUGGCUGCUCCAACUGAGAUUGAAUUUCCACUUAAUGGGAUUGAGGAUGGGGAGGUGGUGGCGGAACAGGAGGGACCUCAGGAUAUAGACUGCAUCUUACAAGAGGUGGAGGACGAGAGGAGGACGACGUGCAGUGAGCAACAGGUGGCAGAAAGGGAGAAAGAAGUGAUGGAACGGGAGCGUCUGGUGCUGCAGAGGGAGAGAGCAGUGCUGGACAGGGAGAUCGCAGUUUUGGAUCGAGACCGAGCCGUGCUGGAGAGGGAGAGGGCGGCGCUGGACAGAGAAAAGGCAGUAAUGGAGAGGGAGAGGGCGAUGGUGGAGAGGGACAGGGAUGCCUUGCGCAGGGACCGGCUGGCUCUGGAGCGAGAGAAAGCUAGACUGAUGAGCCUUUCCGAAGAAAAAGAAGGGUCUGAGGAAGAGGUUACAGAAGAAAGCAGCAGCAACAGCAGCAAUGUGAAAGAAUCAGGCGAUAUGGACAGGAAACAGAGGCUAAUUCAUUUGUUUGAGAAGCUUAUUGAGAAUUUUUGAGAAAAUCUCAGCUCUAAAAUCCUUGCAUACACUGGCUUUAUCUGCAAAAAUUCCCCCCUUUUUUGGCACAUUUCUGAGCAGUUCCCAGUUCUCAUUUGCCCUCAUAAAAUUAAAGAUCCACAUUAAUAAUUCACCUACUAGUUAUCAAUAAAAACGUUGAGCCACUCCUAGUUUGGAGAGGUCUUCAAAAUGACUUUAUUCACUUGUGGUUAUUCCAUACAGAGCACACAAUAGCAACCUGUUAGCAUUUUUCUUUACCCCAUCCACAAUCAAAAUCAACAGCUUCCCGUCCCCAUAUUAAACAAUAGUGUUUUGUUGACUGACUCUACACAUCAGAGUUGUUGGUAUCAGCUAUUGUGCAUGGUUAAAACAUCACUUUUUUGUAGUGUAAUAUACCGAAAAAUUGCAGUUCACUUAAAAAAAAACACACCUUUUUCAUGAUCAGAAUAUAUAUUUUUUUAUAUUACAGUACAGACUUUACAACCACUGAGUGUGUUUAAAAUGCACAUUUUAUUGCAUUAGAUACUCAAUUGACUUUUUAUCAAGCUCCAGCUUUGAUAACUAUAUUCUAGUAUACAUUGCCGAAAGUUAUUAGAUUUAUUAUUAAUAACAUUAUAUUUUUUUUACAAAACAAAUACAUUUAAAGAAUGUUGUCAUUUUUCUGCCAACUGUGAAAACGAACACAUACAUGACAUUUGAGGGCUUUUAACAGAUUUGUUUUUCUGUGAAUACUGCCCGUUGUUCACUUUUAAUAAAGUUGUGGGACAGUU